AUGGCCGAUGUUCGUAUUUCUGAUGAUGAAUGGGAUGAUGGUGAUGACACUGAUGAUAAUGCAGAGUGCGCUGCAAGCCAUCCCAGUGAGGCCAGUAGCUUUGAUGCAGAUGAAUGGGCACGUACCCUCGGAGACCUUGAUGCCACAUCAGGGUCAGAGAUGCUGCGACAAAUCAGUGCAAGUCUUCGACAGCGCAGCACUUUCAGCCUCGACCGCCGCUCCAACACUUCAGACUCCAAGCAACGGUCUGACAGGCAAGGUCAAAGCACCUCUCAAGCUAGCAGAAGUAGCAAGUCACAAGACGGUCUACACAGGUAUAAUGAAAAGUCCAAAUCACUGCCUGGAAAAAGCCGUACUAUUGACCAGCAGUUGCAGACCAUUUUCACGCCAACUCCCAUACAGCUCCAGCGGGUGACCAUAGAGAAGUCCAGUGCUGCCCAGGACUUUGGCUUUAGUUUAUCUGAUGGAAUGUAUGAGAAGGGUGUUUAUGUCAGUGCUGUCAGAAUAGGAAGCCCAGCUCAUAGCGCUGGUCUUCGCAGUUUUGAUAGGAUAUUGCAGGUAAAUGGCACAAAAACACGUGACUUUGAUUGCUGCAUGACUGUACCCUUGAUCGCAGAGGCUGGCAACAACUUACGCAUGGUGAUUUGCCGCAACCCUCUUCUCCGUCCAGGCCCGAGGCAUAACAGAUUCUGA